AUGGGCAGUGCAGAGUCUGUGCCUAGAGACAGGCAGCCGCAGAAGUCUUCGAGACUGGAUCUCGAAGCCUUGCAGGAGAAGUACGAUAGCUUCCGCAUCACCGAAGAUCGCGAGACCGACAGUAUGAUCGUUGAGCGAAGUGCUAGAUACGAGAGCAGAGGUACGGUCAGCUCCCAGCCACCAGCAACUGCUAUCGCUCGCACCAACAAGCAUGCCACAAUGCCAUCAGGAGUAAUCACUGACGGGAGAAUAGACCAGAGUCAUACAACACGCCAAACCCACGUCUCCGGCGCCAAAACCGAAGCCUUGAUCCACACGAUCCUCCAAGACCCAAAGAACCGUCUAGCUCUAUCAGCGCUCUCGACAGCAAACCCCUCGAAAGUGCUCGAGAAGCCUUCCGCCAUCCUCAAGGACACACAGACCUUCAAUGUCGCCAUCCCUUUCGAGGGCUCUCCUGUCACCAACCAGCGCAGCUCAGGCAGAUGUUGGAUCUUCGCUGCCACAAACGUCUUCCGCGUUGCCAUCAUGAAGAAGUACAACAUUGAGAAAUUUGAGCUCAGUCAGGCAUACUUGUUCUUCUGGGACAAGGUAGAGAAAAGCAAUUUUUUCUUGGAGACUAUCCUCGAGACCGCUGACCUGCCUGUCGAUGACCGUCUUGUCGCAACCUUGAUGGACCAACCCGUCAGUGACGGUGGUCAGUGGGCUAUGAUCCAGAACCUUGUCUCAAAAUAUGGAUUAGUGCCGCAGGCUCUGUACCCGGACUCCUUCAAUGCUAAGAAUUCGGCUGUCAUGGAUCGCCUCCUGACGACUAAGCUGAGAGAGGAUGCCUUGCGUCUGAGAGCACUCAGGAACUCUGGCUCCAGUACUGCAGAAACAUCCGUAGCAGCAGCCAAAGAGCAAAUGAUGCAAGAUAUCGUCAGAAUCUUGACACUCACCCUGGGUCGUCCACCUUCGUCGUAUACCAAGUUCAACUGGGAGUUUUACGACAAAGCCGGUAAGCUGAAGACAGUCAAGAUGUCACCAAAGGAGUUUGCCGGUGGUCUGAACGACACUCAUGGACUGCGGGCCCUGGGUGGAACAAACGUGAUGCACCUUUUCAGUCUGGUCAACGACCCUCGCAAUGAGUUCAACAGGCUCCUGACUGUCGACUUCCUCACCAACGUCUCUGGCGGAAAGUACGUCACCUACGUGAACGUGGAUAAGUCAAUCUGGAAAAAGGGAGCUAUUGAAAUGCUCAAGAAAGGCUGGCCAGUCUUCUUCGGCUCAGAUGUUGGCAAAUUUAGCGAUUCGAGCCUAGGCAUCAUGGACACAGAUCUUGUCGACUAUGAACUCGGCUUCAAUGUCAAGCUGGGCAUGUCCAAAGCCGAAAGACUCAUGUCCGGUGAGAGUGCAAUGACCCAUGCGAUGGUACUGACUGCGGUGCACCUGUCACCCUCCGGGGAACCGAUCCGCUGGCGUGUCGAGAAUUCCUGGAGCGAGGACGCUGGAACUGAUGGAUACUUUGUCAUGUCAGACAAAUGGAUGGAUGAGUUCUGUUACCAAGUGGUUGUCGACCCUAGCUGUGUCAGCCAAGAGGUCAGGGAUAUACUCAAACAGGACCCGAAGGUGUUGGACCUCUGGGAUCCUAUGGGUGUCCUGGCAUGA